AUGGACGCGGACUCAUUAGGAGCGACAGUAAGACGACUAUUACUGAAGUAUGCUGAUCUGCAAAGUGUCAGUACUUGGGAGUAUUCGUCCUGGGAUGCUGCUUGGAAUACUUUAUGGGCGACGCGGCGGACUUUAUUGAGUGGUUUGGUGGCGGUGGGUUUGUGUGGACUGGGGAUUGGCUUUGUCUUCUUCCGGAAGAGGUUGUUCACGCAGAAGGAUACUUUGUGCAUCUUUAUUUACAUGGUUGUAACGGUCUUCUUGUUGGAAAGUGUCCAGAAGAUGACUAAGAUUGAUGUGCAAUUGGAUAGUACUUACCAAGAUGUGGACGUGCCUGUGCCCAUUCCUUUGGUGCGAUUUGGGCGUUGGACUGUGGCCCAGCGGGCUUGGUGUGCUUCUGGGACCUUAUCGGCUCAGAUUGAGAAACGUACGGAUGAUUUGCGGAUGGGUGAGACGGCGGCUAAUGCGUAUCGGCACCUUAUUCGGAAUAAUCUCCUGCGGAAAAGAGGAACGGGGAAUGCUUUGCUGACUGAUGAUAAUGAUACUUUGGACGGAGUAGGAACGAGUCCGCCGGAGAGUGCGGUGUUACGCGUUAAAGUUAAACCGCGUCGGACUUUGCCGGAGGUACGUCAGUCGGCUGAGUACUGUAUUUUCCAGGGCCCGCCUCAGAAGUGCACCCAGGACUGUUUGUACUUGGGAACAGCUGAGUUUGCUGAAGCUAAGCAAGAACUGGCCUAUAUUGCUGAGGCUAAUCGGCAGUACCGGGAAAUUCAAAAAGAUAUUGCUGCUGAUAAGAAAGAGUACGUUCGUUUAUCAGUUGAUUUAAUGAAGAAUUAUCAGGCAUUUUCCAAACGAUCUAUCUUUAUUUUGGACGAACUAGAAACAGUUGGGGUUAGUUCUGUUCAAAUGGAAAAGGAUAUUCGCUCCUUACUAGCUAAAUAUGAUGACUUAUUCAGUCGGACAUUUACUCCUUCCGAAACACAAAUUGUGAUUUCGCCUACUUCUCUUUGUGUUAAGAUUGGUGGGGGUGCUAAGCCUUACCCUAAACCGUAUACUAGUAAGCCAGUUGGACAAUCUUCAAUUACACAGGAGAACAAAAUAGUUAUUCAAGAAACUGUUAGACCUGCCUCUUCUUAUUUACUUUCACCAGUAACUGCAUCCUUGUCUGAAACAACUUGGAAUACUUUCCAUCGUUCGCCUAAACUAUCUGUGUCUGACCCGGCAGUUAUUGGAACUACGUUGACUACUUCGCCUGUCUUUAAACCCAAAAACCGCAACUCCUUCUUUAUCUCGGCCUAUACUCUGCUGGCUAUCUGUGAAAUUAUGAUGUUCAUUCAAGUCUUCUUGGUUUUAGGCGUGAUUAUUGCGGCAGUUCUAAACCGGCGUUUACUCUAUCUUUGCUUCUACUUUGCCAUUUGUGCUUCCUUGGCCUUAGCUUUGCUGCUGAGUCUUUCUUCACUCUCUUUUGCCGCUUCCUUUGCCGCUCUCUGUCGCCGUGGAUUGCGCUGUACUUCGCGCAGUCGAGUGACUCCCCAGCCCAUGCAAGUAGCCGAUCUUAUUGACCUGCCACAACGCGCUCUUUCCCAAAGUAUUCAAGAUUCAGAAGCCUCGCUAAAAUCACAAAUAGAUGCCCUUUUGCUCACUAAUACCUCUGAGGACAUUCAAAACUUAUCCAGCAAUCUCCAACGACUCUUCCAAGUCAAGAAAGACUUUCCCCUUCUUCUAGCCGGCAAUGCCAACCGCAAUCUUGUCCAGCAGAAUGCUCUCUACUCCGCAGCCAACGGCAUGAAUCAAGCUCUUAAUGGCCUUCGCCGUUUAGAUAAUCGGCUGCGCAGUACGCCCUGGAGUUCUGUCUUCCAGUCCUUAGCCCAAAUUAGUGUUCUACUUAACUCCGACCAGCCCAACACCAUUGCUCGUAAACGCAAAGCCUUGGCUACUCUAGCCGGAGCACCAGAGAUACCAGAUACGCGCACAUGUGCUGGAAAAGAAACGGCUAUUUGUGAGCUCAAAAACCGAUUUGACUCUCUAUUUAUUGGUCUUUUCCUUUUUUCCGUUAUUCUACCUCUACUGAUUGCUAUCUAA